GCGCGCGAACGUCGCUGCGGCUCCCGCCAUCUGUGAACAACGGACGCAAGCUCUUAACUCUUAUCGCUGGUGGCUGGCGGGCGUGGAAAUGUUCACUUUGGCAGCUGCCGCAGCGUCUUACGGCCGUGGGCUCACACCACGCGUCUGUUUUUCAGCAUGGAGCAGCAAUUUACUCCCGUGCGCGUGAUCCUGGUGACAGGAUCGAGUGGCUUCCUCGGCCAGCAUGUCGUGAAGGAGCUGCAAGAAGAAGAGCAUGCUGCUAUCCGAGAAAUACGGCUGUUUGACAACCGGCCCUACGUGAACAGAAUAGGUCGUCAGGUCUCCCAGCCUAUAGCGAUGAAAGAACACGUGGGAGACAUUUGCGACGCCACUGCUUUAGGUGCAGCGCUUAGCGGAGUCGACGCGGUCAUACACUGCGCGUCCAUCGUUGACUCGAGAUUCUUCGCCGACUCUGAAGCUAUGGAACGAGUCAACGUCCGAGGCACCUCAAACCUGGUUGAAUCAUGCGUUGCUCAAGGCGUUCCGUACAUCCUAUAUGUAAGUUCUGUGGGCGCGACGCCACUGGUGAGGAGAAACCGGCUGUCUUUACCUUUCCCCGAAUACGUCGGACCUUACGGAGAGACCAAGGCACGCGCAGAGGACAUCGUGGUCAGGUCCAACGGACGCCUUCUCUCUCAAGGAAAAGGACGACUCCGCACGCUAGCAAUCCGCCUGCCUCCCUUAUACGGGGAGUUGGAUCAAAUUUUCAUCACCAAGUGCCUCCAGAUCUCCAAGCUCACGUUUAACUUCGUUUUUAGCCUCGACUACGGAGUGCAGGGUAUGUAUGCGGGCAACGCCGCCUCUUUGACUGUUCAAGGCAUCAAAAUCCUGGCCGCUCCUGCACCGGAUGACGUCUCCGGAAAAUUCUUGUAUGCUGCAGACGAGACGACUCACGACAUUUCGCUGGUGCUCGGGCCCAUCGCUGAAGCUCGUGGCGCGCACAUGUUCCCUUUCAGUGUGCCCUCGUGGCUCGUACUUAUAAUUUCCUGCCUCUUCUGGAGCUUUGCGUUGCUGCUUGAUCCACUGUUCCAGAUUAACUAUGAGUCGGUGCCCAGUCCUAUGGAAAUUGUAUUCAUUAGGCGCUGUCCGAGAUAUGACGGAAACGAAGCCGCAAGGAAGCUGGGUUGGAAGCCUAAGUACAGCGUCCAGCAGGCGAUCACUGCCUCUCUAGACUAUUACAGGAACGUGAAGCUGUGAAUGCAAACAGAACAGUGCCUGAGAACUUUCACGCCUUACAGUUCCUCGCCCAACAUCACCACGGUUCGUUUGGCUACCAGUUUUCGAAAUUUUUUCCUGAAGAACAGUACUUCCAAAAGCACAGCUUUGAUUACUGUCCGCUCCUAUGGUAAAAAGUAAGCUCGGUCAGGAAACAGAGAGCGUAAAAGAGGCGUCAAAUACGACUAAUUAUGCGCCCUACUCCCUGGUACGCCACUGCUGUAUGUUGCAUACAAAUAAAUACAUACCCGCCAUGGUGGCAGCGGCUUAGCUGUUGCACUUCGAA